CUGGCAGCAUUUAGGCAAACGCUCACAAACAGCCGUCCGCAAUAAUGUUGUACGCACCUCAUGCAACUGCCACAGGCCGACGUCAGCGUCUCUGCCUGCUGCUGCUGCUGCUGAUCGCUCUGGGCAGCUGCUGCUGCAGCGGCAGCAACAUAGCGCAGCUGCUGCGCGAGGGCAAGCACAAGCUGUGCGGCCCCGCCCUGAACGAGGCCAUGGACAUGGUCUGUGUGAAUGGCUACAACACGAUACCAAUGGAGCGCGAUCUCAGACUGGAGCCGUCACACCAGGGCUUUGCGCUGAGCCCCCUCCUGUCCAGCCUCUAUGGGGCGGAGGUGUUGAUCAAGACGCGACGGCUGCGGCGACAGGGCGGCGGCAUCUAUGACGAGUGCUGUCGCAACUCCUGCACUCGGUCCGAGCUCUUGGCCUAUUGUCGCUAGUCGAGGACAUAGACGGACAGAGGCGCACGCACAUACAGAUACGCAUAUGCUCACAUACAUACACACAUAUAUACUAUUUGUUAAUCGCAAUCAUAAUCGUAUUCGUUAUCGUAAUCAUAAUCGUAAUCACUUAUUUAUGCAGCACCAAAUUUAGCUAAUGAAUAAAAGUAAAACUGUGCAGAAAAGUUUCACGGCUCAGCAGAAAGCUAAA